AUGAAUAAAGAAUAGGAUAAUAAAGAACUUUUAAUAGGAAAGGAUUGGGAAGGAAAAAAAUUCUUAUCCAUGAUGAGGAUCAUCAUAAAGCAGAACUUAUUGAUAUUUAAGCAGUAUUAAAUGAUACACUUGAUAAAUUAGAUAAAAUCGAAAAGAUAGAAAUAUUUAUGA